UCGAAAUACGUUGUGUUACACGGGUGGAAUUUAUUUGUUGCAACGCUUCUUCUGAACACCGAUGUUUGCAUAGGCAUUGCAGAUACAGCUAUUGAUUGUAUGAAUGGCGGAAUACCUGGAGAGAAUCUAACAUUAACCUGCAAAAUAACUAUGACUGUAGUUUAUGGAAUCAGAUGGAUCCGACCUAAUGGUGGAUCACCACAAAUGAUCAUACUAUGUGACACUGCAAACAAGGUUUGUGAUCCAGCAGGGGGCAUAAAUGGCUACACUGCUACUAUUGUAUCACCUACACAACAUGAUCUUACCAUCUACUCUUUUAAUACUGCAACAGAUGUUGGAAAAUGGAUUUGUCGGGAUGGAUCAACAGGAGCUGGCCAAUUUUCAUGUAUCAUGACUUUCAAAAGUGGUCCAGACUCUGUUACAAUCAGUCCACCAUCACCUGGGUCUGUACCAGAAGGAGGCAGUCUGACUGUGACGUGUGCUGCUAGUUGUAAUCCACCAUGUUCCUAUUCCUGGACUCCGAGAAAUCAACAGAUCUCACCAACCUCUCAGUUAAAACUGAUAAACAUCAACAGGAGUCAGACAGGGAAUGUGUACACGUGUACAGCGACCAACUCUGCUAUACCAAAAUCUGAAAGUAAAGAUUUCAAACUGACAGUGUACUGUGAGUAUUAA